AUGGCCACGCACAUCGCUGGUGGGAUACGUACCAUAAGCCCUGGCUGGUGGUACGUGUUAUGGAUGGUCACCAGGGGCCAUUUCAUACCAGGCUUCGCUAGUUUCAGAUUGGCAUCAGUCACAUCUCCUGUCCUGGGUAAAGAAGGCCUGGAAGGCAAGCUCGUUCGCAUGUGGGAUAGUGCUGCCAUCCUCGUCCUCAGUAACGUCAAGCUGGUCGCGGUGCGAAGCGCUGCUCUUCGUACGCGGAGGAGGUCGGGGGCGGGACUCGAACCGGCGGCCCAGCGGCCCUGGCUGCGGGGGCGGGGCGUGAGAGCUGUUGUGCGUAUGGAUGAACGCAGGGAAGAGCAAAUUGUGCAGCUGUUGAAUACUGUCCAAACUAAAAACGAAAAGGAGCAAGAAGCCAUGUCCUGGUGGUCUGGGGAUGAAGAAGGACCUACUCCAGGACAGCCUGCAAAAGUGAAACCAGAUGCUGAAAAAGCUCCUGUAAGACAGAGACCAGUCUUGGAAAAAACAUUUCUUGAUCGGGAUGUGGAAUAUCUCUUUGAAAAAAAUGAGCAGGAUACUGAUUUAGAUGAGCAACUUAAAGAAGACUUAAGAAAGAAGAAAUCUGAUCCUAGAUAUAUUGAAAUGCAGAGAUUCCGAGAGAAACUCCCUUCAUAUGGGAUGAGACAGGAACUUGUAAACCUUAUAAACAAUAAUCGAGUAACUGUGAUAAGUGGUGAAACUGGUUGUGGCAAGACAACCCAAGUUACACAGUUCAUCUUGGAUGAUUACAUAGAGCGAGGGAAAGGGUCUACAUGCAGGAUUGUUUGUACUCAGCCUAGGAGGAUCAGUGCUAUCUCGGUGGCUGAGAGAGUUGCUGCUGAAAGGGCAGAAGCAUGUGGUAAUGGCAAGAGUACAGGAUACCAAAUUCGUCUACAGAGUCGGUUACCAAGGAAACAAGGUUCAAUUUUAUACUGUACCACAGGAAUUGUCCUACAGUGGCUCCAGUCAGAUAAGCACUUGUCCAGCAUUAGUCAUGUAGUCCUUGAUGAAAUUCAUGAAAGAAAUCUUCAGUCAGAUGUUUUGAUGAGCAUUAUUAAAGAUCUUUUGAAUAUUCGUUUGUCUCUGAAAGUAAUACUAAUGAGUGCUACUUUAAAUGCAGAGAAGUUUUCGGAGUAUUUUGAUAAUUGUCCAAUGAUUCACAUACCUGGGUUCACUUUCCCUGUGGUGGAAUACCUUCUUGAAGAUGUAAUUGAGAAGUUGAGGUAUACUCCAGAAAACACAGACCGUCGGCCACGGUGGAAGAAAGGCUUCAUGCAAGGACAUGUAAGCAGACCAGAAAAAGAAGAAAAAGAGGAAGUCUACAGGGAACGAUGGCCAGACUACUUAAGGCAGCUGCGUGGCAGGUAUUCAGCAAGUACUAUAGAUGCCUUGGAAAUGAUGGAUGAUGACAAGGUCGACCUUGACCUUAUAGCAGCACUUAUCAGACACAUCGUUUUGGAAGAAGAGGAUGGUGCAAUUCUAGUGUUUCUUCCAGGCUGGGACAACAUUAGCACUUUGCAUGAUCUCUUGAUGUCACAAGUCAUGUUUAAGUCAGAUAGGUUUAUUAUCAUACCUUUACAUUCAUUGAUGCCUACUGUUAACCAGACUCAGGUUUUUAAGAAGACCCCGCCAGGAGUAAGGAAAAUCGUGAUUGCUACCAACAUUGCAGAGACUAGCAUUACAAUAGAUGACGUAGUGUUCGUUAUAGAUGGUGGAAAAAUAAAGGAAACUCACUUUGACACACAGAACAACAUUAGCACAAUGGCAGCAGAGUGGGUUAGUAAAGCUAAUGCCAAGCAGAGGAAAGGUCGAGCAGGAAGAGUUCAGCCAGGCCACUGUUACCAUCUAUACAACGGACUACGUGCCAGCCUUCUAGAUGAUUAUCAGUUACCAGAGAUCUUGAGGACACCUUUGGAAGAACUCUGUUUACAAAUCAAGAUUCUAAAGCUUGGUGGAAUUGCUUAUUUUCUGAGCAAGCUAAUGGAUCCACCCUCUCGUGAUGCUGUAAUGUUGGCCAUAAAUCAUCUAAUGGAGCUGAAUGCUUUGGACAGACAAGAAGAACUGACUCCACUAGGUGUCCAUUUAGCACGAUUACCCGUUGAACCGCAUAUUGGAAAAAUGAUCCUCUUUGGAGCUUUAUUCUGCUGCUUGGAUCCAGUACUUACAAUUGCAGCUAGCCUCAGCUUCAAAGACCCUUUUGUUAUUCCUCUGGGCAAAGAGAAAGUAGCAGAUGCAAGAAGAAAGGAACUGUCAAAGAACACUAAAAGUGAUCAUCUAACUGUGGUGAAUGCUUUCACGGGCUGGGAAGAGACUCGGCGUCGUGGUUUCAGAACUGAGAAAGACUAUUGCUGGGAAUAUUUCCUAUCUUCAAAUACACUCCAGAUGCUGCAUAACAUGAAAGGACAGUUUGCAGAGCAUCUCCUUGCAGCUGGAUUUGUGAAUAGCAGAGACCCCAAGGAUCCCAAAUCUAAUAUCAACUCAGAUAAUGAGAAGUUGCUCAAAGCGGUCAUCUGUGCUGGUUUAUAUCCAAAAGUUGCAAAGAUCCGGCCAAGCUUCAGCAAAAAGAGAAAAAUGGUGAAAGUUUGCACCAAGACAGAUGGAACAGUUAAUAUUCAUCCUAAAUCGGUUAAUGUGGAAGAAACAGAGUUCCAUUAUAACUGGCUUGUGUACCAUUUGAAGAUGAGAACUAGCACUAUUUACUUGUACGAUUGUACAGAGGUGUCUCCAUACUGUCUCUUGUUCUUCGGAGGAGAUAUAUCCAUUCAGAAGGAUAAAGAUCAGGAUACCAUCGCUGUGGAUGAAUGGAUUGUUUUCCAGUCUCCGGCAAGAAUAGCGCACUUAGUUAAGAAUUUAAGACAAGAGCUUGAUGAUCUUCUACAAGAAAAAAUAGAAAACCCACAUCCCGUGGACUGGAAUGAUAUUAAAUCCAGGGAUACAGCAGUACUGACAGCUAUUAUAGACUUAAUCACAACACAGGAGAAUGAAACUGCCAAAAACUAUGCUCCACGAUUCCAGAGUGAACGCUAUAGUUGACACACUUUCAUCUGUAUCGAUAAAGCCAACAUAUUCACCUUUUUGUUUUGUUUUUUAUAGCAUUUAUUUAGCUAAAGGAAAAACUUUUUUAGGGUAAGCUGCUAAUUCCCUCAUACUGAAGAGCAGUUAUUUCAAAAUAGUUGGUAAUAUCUGUAUAUGCAUGGUAUUCUGUGUUCAGCGUAGCUUUUUAAGUAAGAGAAAAUGCAAUGCUAGCAAUGUUAGUUGAUGCAUGGUUCUUGUCCUGCUGUAGCUUUUUUUUUUUACCCAUCAGGUAAUGGACAGAUAUUCAAAAAAACUUGCUAAAAUACUGCUUAAUAAUACUUAAACUGUUCUUGCUACUGGUAAAAACAUCUCAAAAGACUUUUUUUUUUUUAUUGGGGGUAAUUAUACUUACUGUGUUAUUCCAGCUGUGCAGCAGGCUUCUUGCCAACACUUCCACAGAAGGUAAUUAUAGCUUAAUUAAACUAAACUUGAAAACACUUGUUAAAUUUGUACUGUGGGAGGAAACAAUCUUCAGAAAUAUUCUGUUCUUCUGCCUUUCAUUCCAUUCAGUUAAUCUUUCUUCACUUUCUGUGCCCAUCCGUCAUCACUGCUGACUAAAAUUUGACUACAAGAAACAUGCUUAGAUAAAAGUCAUGGUGGAAUACACUUUAAGGUUUCAUUGCAUUCUGAUUUUUCUUUUUUUAAAACAGUCCAUGUAUGGGUUAUAGUAUUACAUUAAAAGUCUUUUCUUUAAAGUGU